AACAUUAGGAAACCUCUAAUGUGAAUUCCAAAUGAAUUUCCGAGCUGUCAAAAUGAACAUUUGGAAUUUGGCGCAAAAAGUGUGACAUUUCACAAAAAAAGGGUGCGAAGUUUUUUGUAUAUGUUCCAAACAUUUUGUCAGUAGGGCUUUAGCUGGUAUGAAUUUCAAACCUCUGAAUACUCGGCAUAACAUAAUAAAUUGAAUUAUUUUGACUGAAUGAAACAUACGCAGUGUUGUUCCAAAUCGUAUACUCGCGUUGGGAAGAAUAAGAAUUUGUGUGUGUAUUGUAAUCCCGGCAUUUCAAAUUUCUACUUUCCACAUUCAUUAACACACCGUUAAAAGAGAUACACAGAAUAUAAAGUGUGUUAACAAAUAGAACAAACGGUGAGAGCGCACGCAGUGAGUGCGGUGAUAUUUUAAACGGUUAAAUAAUUUCGCCUCGAUAUGUGUAGCGCGUCCAAAAUCACCAUAUAUCACGGCUGUGCACGCUCGUUCACAACACCGAAUGAAGUGGACUGUAUUUGUUGAUGUGUGGUAUUUGAAUUUUGUAUGUGAUUUGUGUUGUGUUGUGUUUUACUGCUCACGGCGCAUAACUACUCCAAGAGAUUUCACGUUUUUGAUUUCAGUAUUAAGUUAACUAUCGUACGAAGACGAAGCAAUAAAUUCCUUUUUGACAUUCAUAACAUUCAGUCGGUGGAUUGGUUUUAGUUUUCGUUGAUUUUUGAAUAGGAAGUACUAUUGGAAUUUGGCUGGCAGUUCAUUAGUUCAUUAUUUAUCAUAAUUUGUUUGUGUGCCGUUGGUGAUCGAUCAACAAUAACAGCAACAGCAAUUGUAAUUAUUAAAUUCGUUUGAACAUUGUGUGAAUUACCGUGAUAUUUGUGGUGUAUUGUUAAAAAGAUGACAUCGAUCAAAUUAACUGACCUAUUUUCGUUUGCCUGGUCGUAUACCAAUUCACGUGUCGUCGAUUAUUAUCGCCACUAUUUUAGUGAAGUGUGUACGGUUACAACAAAGUCUGGCCCAGUGAAAGGUUUUAAGAUCGCAUCAGCUUUUGAUUAUCGUUACAUCAACUUCAUUGGCAUUCCAUAUGCAAAGCCACCUGUUGGUGAGCUUCGGUUCAAGGAUCCGCAACCGUUUGAACCGUCCACGGAAAUAAUAAAUCAGCAAUUUGGUCGUGGUGGAUCGUUAGCAUGUCAGGCCGAUUUAAUAUCACAGCGUUCAAUUGGAAAUGAGAAUUGUCUACAUUUGUCGGUGUAUACCAGAGAUAUAAAGCCGCAAACACUGAAACCGGUGAUGGUGUGGAUUCAUGGUGGUGCCUUCAUUUUGGGCUCCAACUCAAAAGAUUUUUAUAAUCCAGAAUUUUUGCUGCGCAAAGAUGUCGUCCUAAUUGCAGUCAAUUAUCGUCUCGGUGCUUUCGGAUUUUCAUCGUUCAAAGACCCAGAACUGGGGAUUCCAGGAAAUGCCGGUCUUAAAGAUCAAACGAUGGCGUUGAAAUGGGUCAAGGAGAACUGUAUGCAUUUUGGUGGCGAUCCAAAAAAUAUCACAAUUUUCGGCGAGAGUGCCGGUUCGGCUUCGGUAUCGUUGCAUCUUAUUUCCGAUAUGUCGAAAGGAUUAUUCCAUAAGGCGAUUCUGAUGUCAGGCACUGCAUAUGCACCAUGGGCGCUGUCGCCAGUCAAGGAUUGGACGCAGAGAAUUGCUAAGAAACUCGGUUGGAAUGGUGAGGGGGGAGAGAAAGCUUGUGCGAAUGUCCUUCAGCGAGCAUCCCACGAUGCAAUCAUCAAAGUACAAGAAUCCACAUUGACCUUGGAAGAUCGUAAAAAAUACAUUCUAUGUCCAUUCGGGCCAGUUGUUGAACCAUACGAGUCAGCACAAUGCUUUUUGAAAAAGGACCCCAAGGAAUUGGCGCAGAUCGCUUGGAGCAAAGAUGUUCCAAUGAUUAUGGGAACUUGUUCGGAAGAAGGACUUUUGUUCUAUAAAAUGACGAUGAAAAAGCCAAGCCUGUUGCAAAAACUUAAAUUGGAGUAUACGUUACCGUUCCACGAAUUGGACGUCGACUUUGAUAGUGAUCAAGCGCGUGAGAUGGGAAAACAAUUGAAAAAAUUCUACUUUGGAUAUUCGGCGAUCAGCGUUGAAACCAUUUUUGUUUACCUAAUGAUAUUGAACGACAAAUUGUUUGCACAUCCAACGCAUCGUUUGAUAUUAGCACGAACGAAGAGUCAAAGUGCCCCAACCUAUUUACUGAGAUUCAAUUUCGAUUCAACAUAUAGUUUAACGAAAAAAAUAUUUGCUGGUCGAAAUAUUCCAGGUGUAUGUCAUGCGGACGAUUGUUCAUACUAUUUCCGGUCGGUGUUUGCGGGUUCAGAUCCAGCCUGUAAUUCAACGGAAUGGAAAACAAUGGAACGAAUGACGGAAACGUUCACCACGUUUGCACGAACUGGCGACCCGAACAACGAAACCAUUGCGCCGAUACAGUGGAAGCCAGUUUCAUUGGACGCUAGUGAUAAAAAUGUAAAUAAGUACAAGUGCUUAAACAUAUCCACAGACGUGAGCUACAUCGACUGGCCCGAAUUGGAUCGAAUGCAGUAUUGGGAUCACAUUUACAAAAAAUUUAACCGAAGUGUGGUCUGAAAAAUCCACCUAUUGAAUUUUUUUUUUUAAUUUUCAUUUAUACUUAUUUGGUUUUAAGUAAGCAUAGAGCAAAAGAUGAUUUUUACUUGCCUCUUCAAUACUUUCUCCCAAUGUACUGCUAACGAUUUAAGUUUAUGUGUUCUGGGAAAUGCUUACCCAAGGUUUAAAAUACAUGGUUUCCUUUUUUUUAUAAUUCUUUCAACAUGAAACUCUAAAAAAAACGUACCCUUUUUACGAGGUCCUAAUUAGAGCGUGGUAAUUUAUUCUUAAAUAUAUCUAUCUAUCUUUGUCCUUUUUGAUGAACGUUUUUUUUACACAUUUGUAAUAAAUUUAGACAAAUCCUUUUUCUUUUUGUUGGUAGUAAAUUGUUCUCUUGUUACAAAAAUAAAAA